AAACCAGUCAAUGGUAUCCUUAUCUUACACUCGACUAUUAUACCUCCUCGUUGCCCCCAUGGAAACAUAUAGAGUUCUUAGAACAAGUUUGUUUGGCGAAAGAGCAAGUGAAGGGAGGGAAGACUCCUCUUGACUGGGCUUUGGAAGGAGAGGGAAGUGAAGAAAGAAAAUUUUCAGAUCUUGAGGCUUAUUUGUGCAGAGGACAAGCUCAGAUCUAGACAUUAGGAGAGAUUCCUGUAUCUUUGCAUGGAAUAAUUGACGAUAGAAAGCUUCCUAAAUGUGAAGAGGGAUUCACAGCCUAGAAUGAAUUGAAGUUCAAACAUACUGAGAGCAGGAUAGCAUAUGAAGAUGGAUAUAUGGAGCUUCAACAAGAAAGCUCCAAUCUUGGGGCAUUGUCUGCCACAAUCUCAAGGAAUCGUUCAUCUUCUUCCUCUGCAUUUGUCUCUGCAAGUCAGUCGCCUUUCUUCUCCCCAAGAUCACCGGUGCUUGGCUCUGAACCAGUCCUACCUGAUGUUGCAAACACUUCCAAUGAUCUUUUUAUAAAUGUUGGUCACCUUGGUUCCAGCACUGUGACUAAACCAGAGUCUUUAUCUAAAAUCCACCUCGUGGCAUCUGAUGUUUCUCCCAUUCUAAAUUUCUGCACUUCCAGUAGUUUUGGAGCUCCAGGAAAUGUUGACAACGACCCCGGUCUGGUUUCCCCCUUUAAUGGCAGUUCAUCUAAUGACAGCCAAGGAACCAGUAAUGGUCGCUUGGCUCGCAGGGAGAAGCAGAAGAGAUUGGGGAGAAGCCAGAGAAGGUUUUCCUUUACCGAGCCUUCAACUCCGGUUUCUUCAGCUAAUAGGCUUAGGAGUUGUGAUGUGUACAUAGGAUUUCAUGGACGUAAACCCUCCUUGCUGAGAUUUGCCAAUUGGCUUCGUGCAGAGUUGGAAAUCCAAGGGAUCAGUUGCUUUGCAUCUGACAGGGCCCGGUGCAGGAAUUCUCGUAGCUAUGAUAUGGCAGAAAGAAUAAUGAACGCUUCUACUUAUGGAGUGGUGAUCCUCACCAAAAAGUCAUUUGGGAAUCCUUAUAGCAUAGAGGAGCUUAAAAACUUUUUGAGUGGAAAAAAUCUUGUUCCUAUUUACUUUGACUUGAGUGCUGCUGAUUGUCUUGCAAGAGAUAUAAUUGAAAAGAGGGGAGAACUGUGGGAGAAACAUGGUGGCGAGUUGUGGACGCUGUAUGGUGGCUUGGAAAGGGAAUGGAGAGAAGCUAUAGAUGGACUUUCACGGGUAUUAGACUGUCAAUUGGAGGCAUAUGAUGGUCAGUGGAGAGAAUGCAUACUACAGGCUGUGGUUCUUUUGGCUACAGGAUUGGGGAGGAGAAGUGUGGUGGAUAGAGUAAAUAGGUGGAGAGAAAGGAUGGAGAAAGAGGAGUUCCCUUAUCCUCGAAAUGAAGUUUUUGUCGGUCGGAAAAAGGAACUCUCUGAAUUGGAGCUUAUUUUGUUUGGAGAUGUCAGAGGGGAUGGAGAAAGGGAAUACUUUGAACUCAAGACCAGGCAUAGUCGAAAAACUUUGCCGAUUGGAAGGUCUCAGAAUUAUUGUGAAGACAAAAAGGCAAAGGACCGGAGAUCCGAAAGCAGCAUCAAAGGAAAAGAGCCGGUUCUGUGGAAGGAGUCUGAGAAGGAAAUUGAGAUGCAGAGAUUGGGCAGUCCACAUAGGCAAUGCCACCCUUUAAAGGCAAAAAAUGUGGGGAGGUAUGGUAGGAGAAAAAGAUCGACAAAGAUACUGUAUGGGAAGGGUAUUGCUUGUGUGUCUGGGGAUUCAGGGAUUGGUAAAACAGAAUUGGUUUUGGAAUAUGCAUACAGAUUCUCCCAGAGAUACAAGAUGGUGUUGUGGGUGGGAGGGGAAACCAGAUAUAUACGGCAGAACUAUCUGGCUCUAUGUACUUUCCUGGAUGUCGAUCUGAACAUUGAAAACCAUUGUUGUCUCGAAAAAGGAAAGAUGAAGUGCUUUGAAGAACAAGAAGAAGAAGCCAUUUUUAGAGUAAGGAAGGAGCUAAUGCGGGACAUCCCAUUCUUAGUUAUCAUAGAUAACUUGGAGAAUGAGAAGGACUGGUGGGAUCAAAAAGUCAUAAUGGAUCUUCUGCCACGAUUUGGUGGUGAAACCCAUUUCAUAAUAACCACCCGCCUUCCUCGAGUAAUGAACUUGGAGCCAAUGAAGCUUUCAUACUUAUCUGGUGUUGAGGCGAUGGCUUUGAUGAUGGGAGGUAUGAAGGACUAUCCAAUAGUUGAAAUUGAUGCUCUUAGAGCCAUCGAGGAGAGACUCGGCAGGCUUACACUUGGUCUUGGUAUUGUAGGAUCUAUUCUUUCUGAGCUGCCUAUAACUCCGAGUCGGCUGCUUGGCACUAUAAAUAGAAUGCCUUUGAGAGAUAUGGCAUGGACUGAUAGAGAAGUUCUUACAUUGAGACGGCAUACGGUCCUUGUUCAACUUUUAGAUGUCUGUCUUUCGAUAUUUGACCAUGCUGAUGGACCGAGGAGUCUGGCAACCAGAAUGGUUGAAGUAAGUGGUUGGUUUGCUCCUUCAGCAAUUCCAGUACCUCUCUUAGCUUUGGCUGCACAUAAGGUUGCAGAGAAUCAUCAUGGUUCUCCGGUCAGGAAGAAGCUUUUGCAUGCACUAAUCUGCAGGUUUACAACAUCUCAUAUCAAGAGAUCUGAAGCUGAAGCAUCGUCCAUGUUGAUCAGAUUUGGGAUUGCAAGAAGUAGCACAAAACCUGAUUGCAUCCAUUUUCAUGAGAUCGUCAAGCUAUAUGCUCGCAAACGGGGGGGCAGUCGAGUUGCUCAUGCUAUGUUUCGAGCAGUUUUCCUCAGAGGCUCCGUCUCUCAAUCUUCUGACCAUCUAUGGGCAGCUUGCUUCUUACUUUUUGGAUUUGGAGCUGAACCUGUGGUUGUGGAGCCAACACCAUCUGACUUGCUGUUCUUCAUAAAACGUGUGGUUCUGCCUCUAGCCAUACAUACAUUCAUCACCUUCUCUCGGUGCACUGCGGCAUUAGAACUCUUACGCCUCACAACUGAUGCAUUGGAUAUUGCUGCUGAGUCCUUGGUUUCAAGAUUUGAGAAAUGGUUUGAUAAAUCAUUCUGUUGCAUUAGACCAGGUCAAUCAGAUGCUCAGAACACUUAUCUUUGGCAGGAAUUGGCACUCUUGAAAGCAACUGUUCUAGAAACAAGGGCAAAACUGAUGCUUAGGGGUGGGCAAUAUGACAUAGGGGAUGACCUUAUUCGGAAAGCUAUUUUUAUCAGGACUUCAAUAUGCGGGGAGCAUCAUCCAGACACAGCAGCUGCUCAAGAAACACUUAGUAAACUGACAAGACUUCUCACAAACGUUCAAGUUAGUUGAUCUUGUGUAAUUCCUUUCUCAUUCACCAUAUAUUCUUUCAUGUGGUUUCACAUUAGAAUCACAAAAAUGUCUCAGCUCAAAUAAGGAAAUUAGUGAAAAAACUUCAGUUUUCUUCUCA